UCCAACUGAGAGCCAUGUAUUACUCACUCUUGUUUAUUUAUGUUGGUGCGGUUGAAAAUGUGAGAAAAUGAAUGGCUAAAUCGUAGAUGUGAGACGACGAAAUAAUAUCCAUGCACUGUGAAAUGAUUUGACCAGGUUGGAAAUAUAAAUCGACCUUCUUUCCUCGAAGAUUAACUGCCAAGUUCACUGGUGUGACUGACCAUGGGCCGACUGGAUGAAGCAGCCAAACAAAAAGUGGUGGAGCUACGGAAAGCUGGUCUUAGUUUCCGUAAAAUCAAAGCUGUGUUGGAGCUGGAGAACAUCAAGGUAUCCGCCCAGGCCAUUUAUCUGUACCUGAGGGAGUUUCAAGGGAGGCCGCCAGGGAGGGUCAGACCUCUUGAGGCUGGAAGCAGCACAUCUCAAGCACAAGUGCAUCCUCGAGCUGGGGCAAUACAAGAAAGCUGGAACAAUAUUCAUCUCCAGAGUCUUCUGCGGGAGGCAUCUCAGCAUGCUGGCUUUACAACAGCUGCAAACUUUGCAAAACAAACGCCAACGAACCCAGACACUGGUGUAAAGCCAUCAGGGUCUGGGGAGACCGGUGGAGGCAGCAGGUCAGAGCAGCCACCCAAGGGAGAUAAGGAGGAAAAUGACAUCCAGAUAAUUAGUGUCACAUCACUUGCACAGAAUAGUCAACAGAGAAGUUCCCAGUCCACUGUGGCAAGAUCAAAUACAGGCACUGUGUCUUCCACACCAACAGCUUCUGGUGCAGUCAUGAGGAGGAGGGUUACGCCUUCUCCAGCCACUAAUUCAAUGCUGGCAGCUCGGAAAAGGCUUUUGGACAAGGCACUGUCGCAAAAAAUGAAGUCAUUCCACCAGGUGGCAUCAUUGCUGAGGAGAGAUCACAUGAGUGUUCAAGGCCCAAAUACAGCACCACAACCAUCUGAAACAUAUGAUCUGACCAAUGAGAAGACUGUUAUGGAAGGUCAGCAAGGGGGAGGAGCUACUGGCCCGAGGCGCUUUCUUACACAGAGACCAGGUCUAUCUGUCCGCUCCCUUCAGUCUCUUCCUCGGGUGGGCAUUCGUCUUCCUAAUCGAUCACCCUCACCUUUAACAUCUUCUGCUCCUGGGGUUGCAGUCAUUCGCCUGCAGACCCCUGGAGGUCAGGGCGCCACUCGUACUGAGGGUAACCCGAGCCCUCAACAGGCUGUUCCAGAUACAGGAGGGAGAGGCUGUCUGCUGGAUCAUAUCAAGACUCUGGGCACCGAAGUGCACAGCUUGGGUCUUGCAGUGAAGAUGCUGGUGGAGCAACAGUGCCGCCUGGAGAGGGAGCAGGCGCAGCAGACACACAUUCAGAAGCAGAUCCUCAGCACUCUCCAGAGCUUUUCUUCCAAAAUAGGACACUGUUGUAGCAGUCAGCAGCCACAAAACAAAACUCCAUCCCCCUCUGAUUUGCAAGUCUCUGCAUCUGCCUCCUUCAGCCAAGACACCUUUAACUUUAGUCAAGGGACAUACAGUCAGUGCAGCCAACCCCAGCCAAGCUUUAACUCUUUAGAGAGUAUGGAACAUGCAGAGGCCUUCAAACUACCAAGUUUGAGCCCUUCAAGUAUGAAUGGGUUUCCAACAUGUAGCAAUGCUGAGAGCCUACCACUCACCCACACUCCCCCGGAAACACAAACCUAUUCAGUUGCAUAUCCACAGCAGCCAAACAGUCAAACACUUAUGCCAACAUACUCACAGUCCUACGUCCCGGCAUACAGCCAGUCACAGACUUUCAGUGGAUCGGAGAGUAAAACAUGUGACUUCUCAAGCAGCUGUUCUGCCAGGACGCUCCGGGACUGCAGUGUUUCCACUCAGCCUGUUGAGUCUUCACAGGAUCAGCAGAUUAAUAUAGUCAAAGUGGAAGGACCUUAGAUAGCUUCAGAUGUCACAGAAAAUGUUAGUACCAUAAGGGCUUGGAGGGACUUUUCUAGAGUCACUUUAGAAUACUUAUUUAAGUAAUCUUGUUUUUACAAUUAACCUAUAGUGUAGCAUUUCUUAAAUUAUUUCAAAUCCAAAAACACAUUUUAAGAGAACAAAACAAGCAAUAACGUCAACAGAUUUAUGUGUUUGACAUUUGUCUUUACUAAAGGCAAAAAUCACAAAAUAUGAAGAAAGUUUUGUGCCAACAGGUUGUCAUUGUUUUAAACACUACCUGUAUUUUUUGUAUCUGUUAUUUUUGUAUUAUUAGAACCUGACUAGAACUGUUUUUCAUGCCUCUGUGCUGAUUAAAAAAUGUAAC